ACACGACUCAAAGGAAGUUUCAGUGAAGGUAGUAGAGGAGGGAGGGGAGCCAGGACUGACUGUACUUCCUGUCUGCUGUUUUCAGCUUCACUCACAGACUCAAUGGCUUCCAGAUCAGAGGAGGAUCUCUGCUGUCCGGUCUGUCAGGAGGUCUUCAGAGAUCCUGUUCUUCUGCCAUGUAGCCACAGCUUCUGUAAAGACUGUCUGAAGAGAUGGUGGGAAAAGAGAACAACACAUGAGUGUCCAGUUUGUAACAGAAGAUCUUCAAAGGAAGAACCACCUUUAAACCGAGCUUUAAAGAACCUGUGUGAGUCAUUCUUACAGGAGAGAGAUCAGAGAGCUUCAGAGGCUCUCUGCAGUCUGCACUCUGAGAAACUCAAACUCUUCUGUCUGGACCAUCAGCAGCCAGUGUGUGUCGUCUGCAGAGACUCAGAAAAACACACCAAUCACAGAUUCAGACCCAUCGAUGAAGCUGCACAACAACACAAGAAGGAACUUCAGGAAACUCUGGAGCCCUUAAAGAAGAAGUUAAAGGUUUGUGAAGAAGUUCAAGGGAAGUUUGAUCAAACAGCAGAACACAUUAAGGUCCAGGCCCGACACACAGAGAGGCAGAUUAAGGAGCAGUUUAAGAAGCUUCACCAGUUUCUAGCAGAGGAAGAGGAGGCCAGGCUGGCUGCACUGAGGGAGGAAGAGGAGCAGAAGAGUGGGAUGAUGAAGGAGAAGAUGGAGGCUCUGAGCAGAGAGAUAGCAGCUCUUUCAGACACAGUCAGAGCCACAGAGGAGGAGCUGAGAGCUGAAGACGUCUCAUUCCUGCACAACUACAAGGCUGCAGUGGAAAGAGUCCAGCGCUGCCCCCUGCUGGAUGAUCCACAGCUGCCCUCAGGAGCUCUGAUAGACCAGGCCAAACACCUGGGCAACCUGACCUUCAACAUCUGGAACAACAUGAAGGACAUGGUCUCCUACACUCCUCUCAUUCUGGACCCAAACACUGCUCAUCCAAACCUCAUCCUGUCUGAAGAUCUGACCAAUGUAAGAGAAAGAGAGAAGCAGCAACUUCCUGAUAAUCCAGAGAGGUUUGAUCGUUACAGCUCUGUCCUGGGCUCUGAGGGCUUUAACUCAGGGACUCACAGCUGGGAUGUCGAAGUUGGAGACAGUACGGAGUGGGACCUGGGUGUGUUAGCAGAAUCUGUGCAGAGGAAGGGAGACAAACUGUUUGGAUUAUGGAUAAUAUGGUUUCAUGUAGGUAAAUACUACACACUCUCACCAUCAGCUAGAUCCACUGCUCUCUCAGUACGGAAGAAGUUCCAGAGGAUCAGAGUGAAGCUGGACUGGAACAGAGGAAAGCUGUCGUUCUCUGAUCCUGAUACUAACACACGCAUACACACAUUCACACACACUUUCACUCACAGGAUGUUUCCAUAUAUUGGCACUGUGAAUAGUAAAGUGAAGGUGUUGCCAUUGAAGGUGUCAGUGUCAGUGGAGCAGAUGAGUUGA